AUGCGUCUUCCUCGCCAACUUGUCGCUCUCCUCACGCACCCUCCGCGCUUGCCUUCGGCAAUUGUGCCCUCUCCGUGUUUUGCCCGCAAUGUCCUACAAAACAACCCUCUGCGGCUAGCCCAUCCUCAAUUCUCACCCGCAUUCACUCCUGCCAUAUGGCACUCUUCACCCAUCUUACAACAACUCCGUUUCGCCAAAAUGGGACACGAAUAUCAACCAUCGCAGAGAGACGGCGGGUGGUCGAAAUAUCUUAGCACGGCGGCGCGCCAAGGGUCGCAAAUAUCUAAGCCACUGAUUGCACACGCUCUUUGCUUCAGGCUCGUUUGCUGUUGUGUUGCGUGUGGCCAGGUUGUUGGGAUGGGAAAAGGAAUAGCGGCUCCAACCGGAGGCAGGUUUAGAUACGAGUCUGGAGGCGAUAAUGGCGCAGACGGCGUGAAUAGAAAUCCCCGUUCUAUCGAGAGCAGCAGUUCCGAAAUCGGCGUCUUGUUGACAGAAAUAUUCGGAGCUGCACCAGUUCUAGGAGGAGUCGCUAAAUCGAGGGACUCGACUGAAACUUUUGGUAUCUCUUCGUCUUCCUGCAACUUGUCUUCUGCUGCAGGCUGUUCGUCUGUUUUUUCUGCGUUUUCAGGUUCAUCAGCUGGAGCCUCUUCCUCUGCAAUCACUUGGCUUGGUUCUUUUUCUUUUUCCACUACUGGUUUGUUGACCUUCCUCGAUGGAAGCGGUGCUUUCCUAGGAGCUCGUCUUUCUGCUCGAGACGGCUCGCCAGUAGCAACUGCUGCAACGCGCUUUUCGAUGGCUUUGGCUCGAGCAAGUUGUGCUAAUGUUGGUUUCAUCAAGCUAUUCUUGACUGGCUCCUUAUGCUUGGAGACAGUCUUCUGA